AUGAAGGAAAGUUGGCAGUUGAGGAAAGGCGUCAGUGAUGUCGGGGAAGAGGUGGACUACGAUGAAGAGCUGUACGUGGCCAGCAAUAUGGUCAUCUGGAGCAAAGGAAGUAAAAACCAAGCGUCUACCGUUUAUAAAGCUUUCACUGUCGACAGCCCUGUUCUGCAGGCCUUAUGGUGCGACUUCACUAUACCCCAGGAAAAAUCUGAAAAAGCUGAUGACAGUGAUGAAAUAGUAGAGAAAUGUAUCUGCAUAUUGCAGAAUUCCUGUAUAAAUGUGCAUAGCAUAGAGGGAAAGGAUUACAUUGCUGCUUUACCUUUUCAGGUCGCAAACGUCUGGCCAACAAAAUAUGGUUUGUUAUUUGAGCGCAGCAGUUCUUCACAUGAAGUACCUCCAAGUCCACCCAGAGAACCUUUGCCUACUAUGUUCAGCAUGCUACACCCAUUAGAUGAGAUAACACCCCUCAUCUGUAAGUCUGGAGGCGUGUUUGGUUCUGCGAGAGUGCAGUACGUUGCUGAUUACACCUUGAGGAUCGUGUUCCUCAAUGCUGAACCUUCCAUUGUGAUGACCUAUGAUACUGUGCAGAGCUUACAUACUGUUUGGGCUCUUCGGAGAGUAAAGCCAGAGGAGCAGAACACGGUGCUGAAGUUCUCGGAGCAGAUGGGCACACCGCAGCACGUGGCCACCAGCAGCUCUUUGACUGCUCAUCUCAGAAGCCUCUCAAAAGGAGACUCUCCUGUGGGCUCCCCUUUCCAGAACUACUCGUCUAUCCACAGCCAGAGCAGAUCAGUGUCGUCGCCCAGCAUGCAGUCCCGCUCGCCGUCUAUCUCCAACAUGGCUGCUUUGAGCCGCUCUCAUUCCCCUGCCCUGGGAGUGCAUUCGUUCUCAGGAGUGCAGAGGUUCAACUUUUCCAGUAACGCUCAGUCACCGAAGAGGCACAGUAUUACCCAUUCACCAAACAGCACUUCCAGUGAUUCCUUCCUUAUACCAGAAACUGAACCAAUUAUUCCCGAGCUGUGUAUAGAUCAUCUGUGGACAGAAACCGUCACAAACAUGAGAGAGAAGAAUUCCCAAGCAUCAAAAGUGUUUAUUACCACUGACCUUUGUGGGCAGAAGUUCUUGUGCUUUUUAGUGGAAUCCCAGCUCCAGCUGCGGUGUGUAAAAUUUCAAGAGAGCAACGAUAAGUCGCAGCUGAUCUUUGGUUCUGUUACCAAUAUUCAAGCAAAGGAUGCAGCUCCAGUGCAGGGCAUUGAUACGCUACUGGUUCUGGAAGGCAGUGGAAAUCUAGUGCUUUAUUCUGGAGUGGUUCGGGUGGGGAAGGUUUUUAUUCCCGGACUGCCUGCUCCAUCCCUGACAAUGUCCAACCAAAUGCCUCGGCCAAGUACUCCCUUGGAUAGUGUCAGCACUCCAUCCAAGCCUUUGAAUAAGCAUCUGGGGCCCCUAGAAGAGGGUGUGCUUUUGUCACCAGUUCCAGAGCUAAGAGAUUCUUCCAAACUUCACGACUCAACUUACGUUGAAGACUGUACUUUUCAGCAGCUUGGGACAUUCAUUCACGCUCUGAGAGAUCCUGUCCACAACAGAGUAACUUUAGAACUCAGCAAUAAUACGAUGGUUCGGAUUACAAUUCCUGAAAUUGCCACUUCAGAACUAGUGAAAAGAUGUCUGCAAGGUGUCAAAGCUAUCCUGCCCAAGGAGAUAGCGGUACAGAUGCUUGUCAAGUGGUACAAUGCUUAUAAUGCUCCAGGAGGACCAAGCUAUCACUCAGAAUGGAAUUUAUUUGUAACAUGUCUCAUGAAUAUGAUGGGUUACAAUACAGAGAGACUGUCCUGGACACGUAAUCUUGAUUUUGAAGGAUCGCUUUCACCAGUUAUUGCUCCAAAGAAGGCUAGACCAUCAGAAACAGGGUCAGAUGAAGACUGGGAAUACCUCUUGAGCUCUGAUUACCACAGGAAUUUUGAGUCUCAUCCUGUUGCCAAAGCUUUGCGACUGGACCCUCUGGAAGUUUCAGCUCCAAAGGAUGACUUUUCACAGAGCCUUAGUUUGGAUUCCUCGACGCUCCUUUUCACCCAUAUUCCUGCUAUUUUCUUUGUUCUUCAUCUCAUCUACGAGGAGCUCAAACUGAAUAGUCUGAUGGGAGAAGGAAUUCGUUCGCUUGUUGUUCUUCUGAUUCAGCUGGCCAGGGACUUAAAACUUGAAGCUUAUAUAGAUUAUUACUACAGAGACUAUCCAGCCCUUGUAAAAACCUCCAGACAGACUUGCAUAAUUGAUCAAGUCCAAACAGGUUUCAUGCACCAUCCCUCAUUUUUUUCUGCUGAGCCUCCGAGUAUCUUUCAGUGGCUGAGUUCCUGUCUGAAGGGAGAAAGAGUGCAGCCUUAUCCUUACUUACCAGGAAUCUGUGAAAGGAGCAAACUGGUAGUACUGAGUGUGGCUCUGUAUAUACUUGGUGAUGAGAGCGCUGUAUCUAACGAAGCCUCCCAUUAUUUGUACAAGAUUACAUCAGGACAACGAAAACAGCAAAUAGAACAGGAUGACUAUCGAUGCAGUUUCAGACACAGCACAUCUGUUUCCAGUCUGGCUGAAAAGUUAGUUAUUUGGAUGACUAAUGUUGGUUUCACCUUAAGAGAUCUGGAGUCUCUCCCCUUUGGUGUAGCUCUUCCUAUUAGAGAUGCAAUAUAUUAUUGCCGAGAGCAGCCUGCCUCAGACUGGCCAGAAGCAGUUUGUCUCUUGAUUGGGCGCCAGGAUCUGUCCAAACAGGCGUGUGAAGGGAACCUGCAAAAGGGUAAAUCUGUGAUCUCAAGUCAGGUUGGACGGGGCUCUGAGCAACCUGCUCUAGUUGAAGAUGAUGGCAUGAAUGACAUGAACGAGGAAGUGAUGUCACUAAUAUGGAGCGAGGAUUUGAGAGUGCAGGAAGUACGCAGGCUCCUUCAGAGUGCCCGUCCUGUACGUGUCAAUGUAGUGCAGAUGCCAGAAGCUAGUGAUCAUGAAUACAUAGAAGAGAAAGAAAACCGGCUGUUACAGCUGUGCCAGCGAACCAUGGCACUACCUGUUGGACGAGGAAUGUUCACUUUGUUCUCAUAUCAUCCUGUUCCAACGGAACAGUUGCCCAUCCCUAAGCUGAAUCUAACUGGCCGUGCUCCUCCUAGGAACACCACUGUUGAUCUGAACAGUGGGAACAUCGAUGUGCCUCCUAACAUGGCUUGCUGGGCCAGCUUUCACAACGGGGUAGCUGCCGGCCUGAAGAUAGCGCCUGCUUCACAGAUAGACUCUGCUUGGAUUGUCUAUAACAAGCCCAAAAUUGCUGAACUAGCAAAUGAAUACGCAGGCUUCCUCAUGGCGCUGGGUCUCAACGGGCAUCUCACAAAACUUGCCACGCUCAAUAUACAUGACUACCUAACAAAGGGCCACGAGAUGACAAGUAUUGGACUAUUGCUUGGUGUUUCUGCUGCCAAGUUGGGCACAAUGGAUAUGGCUAUUACACGCCUCCUGAGCAUCCACAUACCUGCUCUCCUGCCACCAACUUCAACAGAGCUGGAUGUCCCCCACAAUGUGCAGGUGGCUGCCGUGAUAGGAAUAGGCCUUGUCUAUCAGGGCACCGCUCACAGGCACACAGCUGAGGUUCUGCUGGCUGAAAUAGGACGUCCUCCUGGACCAGAAAUGGAGUACUGCACAGACAGAGAGUCCUAUUCACUUGCAUCUGGGCUCGCCUUAGGCAUGGUUUGCCUAGGGCACGGCAGUAAUUUGAUAGGCAUGUCAGACCUCAAUGUUCCCGAGCAGCUUUACCAGUACAUGGUUGGGGGCCACAGGCGGUUCCAAGCGGGAAUGCACAGAGAGAAGCACAAGUCUCCCAGUUAUCAAAUCAAGGAGGGAGACACCAUAAAUGUGGAUGUUACUUGUCCAGGUGCCACACUUGCACUUGCUAUGAUCUACCUAAAGACUAAUAACAGAUCCAUUGCUGACUGGCUUCAAGCACCAGAUACCAUGUAUUUGCUGGACUUUGUAAAACCAGAGUUCCUUUUAUUGAGGACCUUGGCUCGAUGCCUGAUUUUGUGGGAUGACAUCUUGCCCAAUUCCAAGUGGGUUAAUAGCAACGUGCCCCAAAUCAUAAGAGAGAACAGUAUAUCUCUUCAUGCAACAGAGCUGCCUUCAUCUGAAGACCUGAGUUUAGAAACACUGGCGCAAGCUCAUGUCUACAUCAUUGCUGGAGCGUGUUUGUCACUGGGAUUUCGAUUUGCUGGUUCAGAAAAUCUGGCAGCAUUUAAGUGCUUGUACAAAUAUGCAACAGAUUUCCUGAAGUGUUUGUCAGCACCAACAGCUUCAAUAACAGGUCACUAUAAUCUCGAAACAUGCUUGAGCGUCUUGCUGCUGUCUCUCGCGAUGGUGAUGGCUGGCUCCGGAAACCUGAAAGUUCUUCAGCUUUGCCGUUUCAUGCACAAGAAGACAGGCGGAGAGAUGAACUACGGGUUCCACCUGGCUCACCACAUGGCUUUGGGGCUUCUCUUUCUGGGAGGAGGAAGAUACUCACUGAGCACUUCUAAUUCUUCAAUUGCUGCUCUCCUUUGUGCUCUGUACCCUCACUUCCCUGUUCACAGCACGGACAAUCGGUACCACCUUCAGGCUCUGCGACACUUGUACGUGCUGGCGGCGGAACCACGGCUCUUAACACCCGUUGAUGUGGAUUCAAACACUCCUUGUUACGCACUGAUAGAGGUUACAUACAAGGGCACGCAGUGGUAUGCAGAAGCCACCGAGGAACUGAUGGCACCCACGCUUCUUCCAGAGCUUCACUUACUGAAGCAGAUCAGAGUGAAGGGACCACGAUACUGGGAGUUAUUAAUAGAUUUAAGCAAGGGAACGAAUCAUCUAAAAUCAAUUCUUUCAAAGGGUGGCGUCUUGUACGUGAAGCUGAGAGCUGGGCAGCUCUCCUACAAGGAGGACCCGAUGGGCUGGCGCAGUCUCUUAGCACAGACUGUUACUCACCGAAACUCUGAAGCUCGGGCGUUCAAGCCAGAAGCAAUUUCAGCUUUCACUUCUGAUCCUGCUCUGUUUUCAUUCGCUGAUUAUUUUUGCAAACCAACUGUGAACAUGGGACAGAAACAGGAAAUCCUGGAUCUUUUCUCCUCAAUUCUUUAUGAGUGUGUUACCCAAGAAAAUCCAGAGAUGCUGCCCACGUACAUAGCGAUAGAUCAGGCUGUGAGGAGAUUAGAAAGAAGAGAAAUGUCCGAGACAUUUGAGCUGUGGCAGAUAAAGCUGGUGUUAGAAUUUUUCAGUUCCAGAAGUCACCAGGAGAGGAUGAGCAGGAAUCCAAACCGAGGACUCUUCAUGAACUCUGAAUUUCUGCCUGUGAUGAAGUGCACUAUCGAUAACGCUUUGGAUCAGUGGCUUGAAGCUGGAGGGGAUGUCUGUCUGCAUUCCUACCUAAGUGGGCAGCCCACGGAGGAAUCUCAGCUGAGCAUGCUGGCUUGCUUCCUUAUUUACCACUCUGUCCCGACACCAGGUCAGCUGGCAGCUGGAGGCUUGGAAGGAAGCACGAACUUCUCUGAGCUGCUUUUGAAGUUCAAGCAGUUGAAUAUGCCAGUUCGUGCAUUGUUAAGGCUCGCUCCUCUGUUGCUUAGAAAUCCACAGUCCAUGGUGCUGUAGGUCCGUGGCGUUGGUUUUGUGUGCGGUUACUGAAUGACAGAGCCAUUUCACACUUUUCAAAAACAGGUAAAAUGUACUUGAUUUUGUAACUUCUCAAGCAACUUAAACUUCAAACUUGUCCCCGGAUGUGGUGACUGUGACCAGGAGUUAUUUAUAAAUUGUUACAAUGAAUUAAAAAAAAAAAACAAACCUGUAAAAGUGAACUAAUAAUAAAUUUACUUUUGUAAC